CGCCUCCGAGGACAACUCGCCCAGAACUAGAACUGAGAGAAAGCACUCUCCGUGGUAUGGGUUCCUACGGAUACGUUGGGCAAAUAUCCACCACUAGCGAGAGGGUGAGAGAGAGAGAGGGAGAGAGAGAGAAGCAACGCUGGCCGUCGCUCCCGCAUCUCAAGCAGCUGGCUGGACCCCCUCAUUCUGCGGUCGUGUUCCUAGAGUCUAGAAUACAAAUACAUACGUAGAAGUGGAACGCUGGCUCGUUUCUCCAACCGCUGUCCAUAUCCACCGCAAGCCUCCCGCCAGUCAUGGUCGCUUUCACACCGUCCCUUUCAGCCCUGCUGGCAGCGCUGCCAUUCCUUCUCGGUCUCGCUCGUGCCGAAGUCGCCGCAACCGACGACUUAUCAACCAACUCUACCCUCACCUGGGAACAGCAAUACGGAGUCGUGGACGCCCCCGAAUUCGCAAUCUUUCCGUCCGACGGUAGCUCUCGCAAGAAGUAUGUGCGGGCACCCCCCGGAGCUUUCCAAGGCCCACAAAGCGGCAUUGGCUCUUGGUUUCGAGCGAACAGCAAAUCGGAUAGUACCACGGGAAAGAGUUGGUGCGGGUAUAAGUACUCGGAUUCGACGCCUGGGUUUGCACCGGACAUCAGCCAAAUGACCGAAUGGACCAACGCCGUCUAUCCAAACGCCAAGUGGUCCAAAUACGCCAGCAUGUACUGCGGCCGCGAAGCGCAAGUCACCGACCCCCAAACCGGAAAGACGAGCCUGCUCUUCAUCACCGAUGCCUUCGACCACCAGUGGGUUAGGUCGCCCGGAUCCAUCGAUAUCCAUCUGAACGCGUGGCGGAAAUUGAAGAACUCGCAGACGAACGAUAAGAACACCGUUAUCAAGCCGGUGAACUGGCACCUUACUGGACGGAUUAGUGCUCAGUAUGCUUUCAAGGGGAAAGGGGGCUAGGUGUAGGCGUAGGUGUAGAAAGAUAGAGUAGAGUGUUUUGAAGGGCAAAUCUCGGCAGCGUAGUGCCGUAGGGCACGGCAUUUGUAAUAGUUGUGGACGGUGUCGGGCAUCCGCAGAGGUCCAGCUGGCUGGGUUACUGUUGGCGGCCUGUAUGGGCAGCAAAAGACUUUCCGGCGUAUUCCAGCGCUCCGUUCGAACGUCCUCUCUGUCAAAUGCCGUGUGGUUCGUCAAAGUUUUGCAUAUCAAUGAAAUA